GGGAAAAGCAGGGAGGGACUGUGUCCUAGAUAUAACACAGACAUCAGCAAGUCAAAGAGAGAAACACAUCCAGAGAGAAAGUGGGAUAGCGGAGAAGAGAAGCAGACAGCUGAGGAAGCAGCUAAGGGGGAAAAAGAGGAGGGGGCAGACACAAGGACACAGACAUGAAGACAGAGGAAAUUAGGAUGCAGAGGCAAGUGGAGAAAUUUUUAAAGCAAGGGCAGAUGAGAAGAAAGAGGGAGAAAGAACAAUAAAGAAGUCGUUGCACCAUCUGCUCCCACUGAGAGAAACAUGUUAGCCAUUCAGACGACAGCAGGGAGGCAGCCAGCGAUCUGCAGUGAGAUACAAACAACCCCUCCUGAAUGCACCUCAGGGAGCUGCACUGCAUUUACAGUCAUUAUAGUGGCAGUAAUCAAUGGACUUGGCAAUGCGACAGCAGCAAGAGUAACAAGUGUGUAUAGAACAUAAUUCAUGCCUAAGUGAGACUUUAUGGUGCAUGUGAAAGCCCUCACAGGUGGCUCAGAGCUUUGAUUCUUGUCUCUAUCAUCUUCUGUGUUUUUUAAUAUCAUGUCACUGAAGUCAAGCAGGUGACAUUUGUGUUCAUGAAGCUACAAUCCUAUCUCAUGUCCCGCAUCAGCAUCCAGAUAUGUAUUCUCAUGCAAAAUUUCUACUCUAAAUUCUACACUUGUCUCUGCACAUUUAAAUCAAUCUUUUUCUAGUACGUUCUGUCCUUUCCUGCCCGCUGCUGCUUCUUUGCAAAGUGUAAUCUCCAAUUAAAUUAAAGAGGAAUGAGACUGGCUCAGUCACGCUAAAUGUCAUCAGCUCCCGAGCGACAUUGCUGGAAGUAAUAUCUCGCCAUCAAUUAUAGGUCAGAUUUACAAAUGUGAUUGCUGUUGGAUCAGUAUCUUCCUGUAAGUUAUAAGUUAAGCUUAAAAAUAGACAUUCUUCUGUUUUCCUAACCUUCAGAUGCAGGAUCAAAAUAUUCUAUUCUUACUGAAAAUCAUGUGUAAUGAAUAAAGAAAAGAUUAAAAAAUCAUGAUGGAUAAGAAUCUGUGUAAUAUGUAACAUGUUAAAUUAUAGUUGCACUUUUUUUUUGCUUUUUGAAAUGUUUCCAUUCUUAUGUGUACAGCUCACCACCAGCUUACAUGUUUUGUGACACUUUAUCAUCAUGUGCCUUAGAUAAAAAAGACUUUUCUUUGUUAAAAAUGUGUAAACACAUUUCGCUUGGUAAAAUGAUUUUCUGUGUUCAUAUGAGGCAUGAACCCAUGUGGAGAAGAAAUGAGAACAGAACCUGCAUCAUUAUUAACAUAAUGUUACUUGACUGCAUGAGAAAAGUAUAUUUAUUUUUCAUAUGGGAAGCCUCUCCCUUUCAUACACCUUAUUAUUAUUAUAAGAAACAGCCUCGACAUUUCUUGUCGUCCCCCUUUGCAAAAACACAGUGAGCUACGUCUUACAGCGUUGUCAUCAUAACAUCUUUGCAGACCUUGUUUGUUUAACAGAGAUGUCCGGCUUGCUUGUCUGCAUGAUUCACUUACGUCCUCACUCUGUCCUUUUCACCUGGGACAUUCUUUCUUUCCUGUCCUGGCUGAGACUCACUCUGCAUUCGAACAGUGGCCUGACGUGAUUACUAACCCGACUGAAUUCUUCCAAGGUCACAGCUGGCCAUCAAUCCUCAUACAUUAAAAAAAAAAAAAUAGUGGCAUACUCAUCACCCACACACGCACACACAUGCGCGUGCACACACACACUAAACUCAAGUGUGCCAACAUUUGUACCAUUUGUACACAUGAGAUCAUCACAUCUUGCGCAGAGAGAAGUCUUGUGAUAAACACAACCGCACACGCAUCCUGCCACGUUGAGCCUGGCCAGGUUAUUGUAUCCUAGCAACAGAGGCAGCCAUCGACUGCUCUGGGUUUUUGUGUGUGUGUGUGUGUGUGUUUUUCCCUGUCCAGCGCAGGAGCAGUGAAGCCAAACCUCCUUCUGCUUUCUCCGUCUGCUCGUGCACUUGUGUUUACUCCACUUCAGCUCUGCCUCUGCUUUUCUCUGUCUCUCAUCAUCACAUUGACCUUCUCUUUCACUCAGGCAGUCAGAAUGAAGAGCCUGCAUAUUAAACACAGGAGACUUUCGUUUAAGAGAGCAGAGUAAACCAUGCCAAGAUUUGACCAGCAGGCGAUGUCUCUGUCUGGAGAAACACCCACUGUUAGUUGUCUUUUGUAAGAUAUUCGUAGCAUACUGAACACUGGUACUGUACUAUUUUUAAUUUUAGCUAUAUUAAUUUUUCCUGACAAGCUGGAGCUGUGAGAACAAAAGAUGCACACUCCAGCCUCCAUGGUGAUGGGCAUCGUUUUUGCCCCGUUGGGUUUGGUCCUAGUCUUCACUGCUGCCAUCACCCCCCAGUGGAGAGAGGGACAGGCACAUUUGGGAAUGGCAGGACCGGGAAGUCUGCUCCGGUCAGGAACAAAAAGUCAUGGGACCAGGUCCGGUUCAGUGGAGGCACUGAUCUUGUUGCGCUCUGAUGGACUAUGGGAGAGCUGCCUGCAGGUGGAGCGCUCUGACUUGAGGCAGUGCUGGCCUGUGGCUGGUCCGUAUCAGAGAGACCCCAGGGUUCGUCUGGCACAGGGUUUGGUGCUAACCUCCUUGUUCCUGUGCGGCACUGGCAUUGUCCUGGCUUGUAUCGGGGUCCGCUGCUGGGCAGAUCUCCCUCUGAGAGGUGUAGCAGCCUCAGGAGGACUUCUGGUGGUGACAGCAGGGCUGCUGAGCCUGACUGCGUUAGGGGUUUACACCCACAACCUUAAAAGACUCGGGAUGGAUCCAAGUCAAAGGAUUCAUAACCCACGGUACCCACACCUCAACUUGCAUCCAGCUGGCUCGCUUUAUUUUGGGUGGCUGGGUUCGUGUCUACAGGUUUUGGGAGGCACCGCUUUGCUUUUCAGUUUCAAACGACCACGAUGCCCAACCUGCCCAUGUAGGCAUGAGCUAUCUGUCUCUCCCUGCCACUCAUGUCCAGAAAUGACCAACAAGCCUGACAUGGAUGUAUAUGAAGUUAGUUGUUAGAAGCUUGUCCAACAUUUUAAAAUUUGUAAGAAAGCGUGGACAGAAAAGAGAAAAAUUAGCAUUAAGGGCACUUUCUAAAACCCCUUUUAUCUUUUCAGUGUGUAGCUUAUGUAAUGAAAAGUCAUAAAUUCAUAAAUGACUGUGGACUACCAGACAUUGCUGCUUAGUAAUGAACUGCCAUGCAGGUUUAAACAUAAUGGAUGUAGCUCUCCUUCAACACAGGAACAAACAUGAUCUGGGGGUGUAAAUAAAAACAAAUGGAUGAAUGUCACGUUAGAAAAAGAUUCAACAUCACGCUGCCUUUAAAUGCAACAUGUGGUGAAACACGAUUGAAGUAUUGCUUUGUGUUGCCUUUACAUUGUAGCCAUGCAUUUGUACUGUUAAGAAAAAAAUUGUCUGAACAGAACUGUGAAUCAUAGAUGAUGUCAGGAGAAGCCUGAAAAAAAAUGGCUUAAAUUCUUAAGAUCAUCACACUCAGUUUCAUCUGUGUUAAGUUGGUUGUUAAAAAAAAAAAGCUUUACAUUUAUAUGUGAUAUCCUGUUUUGUUGAUGAAUUUUUUGCUCUUGAGCACAGGAGGAGCUUUCACUGGGUAAACAUUAUAUUUCUGGAAUAAGAUGAGCAGCACGAAGAUUAAAGAAGGCGUAACAGGAGGAUAUACUAAAGGGUAUUUUCUAUUCCUUGCAAAUGACUUGUUUGUAUUGUCAUUUCGUGCUCAUAUUUGUUGCACUGAAUAAAAAACUAUUUAUCACAA